AUGGAUGGAGACGAACGGCGCAAGGUGCGCUUCGGCGGGGGUUCAUCGGAUGAAGAUGAGGGCAUGGAGAUGCAGGAGCGCAAGGUGCCCGUGUUGAAGAUCAACAGCGACAAGGGGAAGGACAAGUAUAAAGAUCUCUUCGUCAUAGAACCCUCUUCAUCUGACGAAGAAGACGACGAGACCGACCAAGUUCGCUUCCGUCUGCCGCAAGUGGCCAUGAACGGCGGUGACGCCUCGGAGGUGCAAGACCCCGACGGCUUUUCGGUCAGGACACGCGAACGUCGGCCGACCGUGACCGAGCUCAUCUACGAAGCUGCCUCGCCUGAUGCGAGACAGAAGCAAGACGUGGGCGUGAGUCUGGCGCUGGAGCGACUCAACGUGUGGCUGCGCAAGAAGACCGUCAAGGAGGUGUUCGCCUGUGGCGAGGACCGCAAGCGUAAGAUCAAAAAGCAGACCACCAAGCACAUGCUGCGCGACAUCGACGGCGUCAUCCACCCCGGCCAGCUCCUCGCCAUCAUGGGCGGAAGCGGAAGCGGAAAGACCACGCUACUGAACGUGUUGGCUGGUCGGGUGAAGCACGGGACAUCGAUGGGGUUCGGCAGCAAGGUCAAGAUCGACGGCCGCAUCAUUUUCGAGGGCUACGAGCUCAACCCCAAGGAGGCCAAGCAAGUGGUGGGUUAUGUGCUGCAGCAUGACCACUUGUUGCCCCAUCUCACCGUGCGAGAGACGCUCCAGUACGCCGGCUACCUGCGUCUGCCGUCAUCGAUCCCUCACAAAAAGAAGAAGCUCAUCGUAAUCCGUGAGCUCGGACUCAAAGAGUGCGCCAACCGACGAGUGGGCGGUGAUGGGUCGCACGGCAUUUCUGGUGGCCAACGGCGACGAGUAUCCAUCGGCAUCCAGAUGUUGACCAACCCCAGUGUGCUGUUUUUGGACGAGCCCACCUCGGGCCUCGACAGCUUCACCGCCACCUCGCUCAUCGAAACCCUGCACGCGAUCACCCGCCAGGGCAAAACGGUGAUCUGUACCAUCCACCAGCCGCAGUCCUACGUCUUCAAACUCUUCGAUUCCGUGAUGCUCCUCUCCAAAGGCCGUGAGAUUUACUUCGGACCCACGACGGGCAUGCUGCCCUACUUCGAGGGCCUCGGGCUCAAGUGCCCCUCGCUGAUGAACCCCGCCGACUUUGUCCUGGAUAUGGUGACGGUGGACUCGCGGGAGGAGGAGCUGUGCCUGCAGCGAAUCGACGCGUUGUCUUCCUACUUCCGUGCGUCGCGUGUGCGCAAGGAGGUGCAGGCCGAGAUCGAGGAGGAGAAGGAGCUCUCCCUUGAAGGCCGCAAGCGGUUCGGUCUCACCCAGUCCUCCGACGACUGGAUGACCAUGCAGAAGCUCGAUCGAGAUGCGUUGAAGCAAUCGUCGAGCGGUUGGUUGGACAAGAUCAAGCAAUCGGGCACCAUCAGCCGUGCCGCUCUGCAGCGAACACUCUCAGGUCGUUGGCGUUCGAGUUCGAACAUGAUGAAGUCGGGCGACGGCGAAGGCGAGAACUCGGACCGGAUCGGCAGCUCGGCGUCGAUGCGGCGCAGCCAGUCCUCCGCGCGAUUCCGAUCGGGCUCCGAUGGCGGCCCCAACGAGGGCAACGAGAGCUCGGACCGGAUCGGCAGUUCGCCGUCAAUGAAGCGCAGCAGCUCCUCCGCCCGCUUCGCCUCCCACGAUCGCCUCGACUCCAGCCUUUCACAUCAAUCGCUCGACGACUCCCAAAGCUUCAGGCCGUCGGUGGAGGACCUGUCGAGUUACUUCCCGGUGACGAAGUCUCUGGCGCAGAGCAAGGAGAUGCGGCGCAAGGAGAAGGACGCCUCGUACCCCGAUUUCAUGGAGACGCCGCUUUCACCCCGACGCCAGCGCGCCAACACCGUGAGAGCCAAGAAGGCCAACUACCUGAUCCAGACCGGCGUGCUCACCCAUCGCGGCUUCAAGCACCUGUUCCGCAACUACGCCUAUCUCGUUUCGCAACUGCUCGAGACCGUGCUCAUGGCCAUCGCCAUGGGGCUCAUCUUCCUGCAAGUGGGCGACGGCAGCAAGGAAGACAUCCAGGGCCGACUCGGCGCCAUCUUCGGCGUUGUGGGCCUGCAGCCCUACGUCGUCAUGCUCACCACCAUGCUACACUACGAGGAGGAGCUGAAGGUGUUCAGCCGAGAGCAGCACGACAACAUGGUGUCGGUGUUGCCCUAUUUUCUAUCGAUGCUGGCCACGUCGUUCCCCUUUGCGGUGAUCAUGCCCAUCAUCUUCUCGAGCAUCUACUACUGGAUGACCGGGUUGCGGCCCGAGUGGGACGCCUUCCUGUGGUUCACCCUCUGCGUCUUCCUUGCGCAGUACGUGGCUGAAUCGCUGGGAUUCCUGUUCAUCGCACUCACGCGGACGUUUGCGACCGCUUCGCUCGCGGCCAACUCCUUCGUGUCCUUCUGGAAUCUUUGUACGGGCUACCUCAUCAACCCCGACACGUUCAUCAUCUACCUGGAGAUCAUUGGCUACACUUCCUAUCUACAAUACACCUACGCGGCGAUGGCCGUGAACGAGCUCAAGGACAACAUGUACGAUUGUCCGUCGAGCGUGCCGGAGGAGUGCCUGGGCUACGACGGCAACGUGAUCCUCAAGCAGCAGCACCUGGUGUUCACCGAGAUGGGACCCUGCCUGGGCGUGUUGGCGGGCAUGGCCGUGGGCUUCCGGCUCAUCUCCCUCCUCCUGCUCUACAUCAUCAAGAAAAGCCCCGCCUAG